UUUCGACAUGAUGCACCAGUUUGCAUUUGGCAGGGGUCAGAUGAUGCCGAGAUGCUUUGUAGAUCCCCUCCAUGUCAUGGAACGAGGGUUUUGUGGUUUUGUUUUGCCCGGAUAUCUCAACCGAUAUUUGCCCGUACCUUUCCUCUCAACUGAUAUUUGCCCAGCAAACCGGGCGCCACUUGCGAUGCAUGCGUCCCGCCAUGUCCUCCGCACGGGAGGCUUUCGUCUGCCACCGCCGAGCAAGCGUCGACUCUGAGAGCUGGGCCGUGCCACCACCGCCAGAGACCACCGCCAGAGACCACCGCCAGAGAGGGUCGUCGCGAUGCCACUUCACCCCUAGCCCGGCUGCAAGCUCCCCGCCCGCACGUCCAGUUGCGAGGUUUGGACCUUCAAGGCGCCAAGGCACCAUCGCCAUAGGCACCAUCGCCAUCAUCACCGUCGGGCUCAGCUACAGUGGUGAGCUGGCUUCGCCCAAGGCUCCGUAG